AUGAUAAACAGUGGACAUGUAAAGAACGAAAUGGAACAGUUGUGUAAAUUUUUUCAGUAUGACAAUAACAACUCUUUUUUGUGUAAUGACUAUUGUGAACAUAUGAACAGCUUUUUUGCGAGUGAAGGUCAAAUGUAUUUUGGUGAAAAAUACGAUUUUGACUCAUUCGAUAAGUUUGCAAAUUUUCCUGUACUUAGUCCAAUUUGCAAAUUAUCAAAUUUUAAAAAAAUUCAAAGGGAAUAUUUUGCCAAAGGAGAGAAAAACCGAUAUGGCAAAAAUGCCGUUUUUAAAAAAAUUAUAAAAAAUCAUCUACACGCCGUUGAAAAGUACACACGUAAGUUGGGGACUGGAGCCAGAGCGGAGUUGCCUACAUGUCGGAAAAGAAGUAAAAAAAGAAGAGGCGAAAAUGGCUUUCCCAUUAAGUCCAAAAAUGUCCUCCGUAAAUAUUUCAACAUAGAGGAGAGGAAUUCAAGGACAGCAAAAAAUUCUCAAAACAGGGCACAUGUUGUUAAACUUAACAGCUGUAAUGGACAGAAGCAAUCAGUUAGAAAGAUCCCCCCAAAGGAAAAACUUCUGCACCGGGAUCCCCAAAUGUCAAGUGAUGAAAAGGGGAAAUUCUUAAAAAGGAUAAACUUACAUUUCAGCAAUUUUGAGAGCAGAGGCAUAGACAUUCUUGUCUCCCCAGACGAUGUGAAAGGGGUUAACGGACUUUUCCUUUUGCGUAAAAGACAAACUAACCAGUUGGAAGAAGACCCAGAUGACAAAUCAACCAAGUCGGAAGGUGUUCACAGGAAUGAACACUUUUGUCCACAUGACCAAAGGGUUCACAUUGUGCCGUAUGACGAUAUAGAAUUUUACAAACUCAUGAGAAAACGGCUGAGGAACAAGUGCAAAAAUGCAGCUGGCUUCCCCACAACCAACCGUUGGAGCAAUACACCCUACGCAAAAAGAAAAGCGAUACAGGUGCUCUGCCGAAAUGGAAGCUGCACAGGGGGAAAAGCGGAUAAUAAACACGAGGGAGACCAAAUUGAAGACAAAGUAUACACACUUCAUUCCCCUGCACAUAUACAGACAGACCUCGAAAGAAAUAACGCAGUACAAAAUGGUAACGACCAACCCUUUGUCAAUUUGGGUAGGGUCAAAUAUAAGUGCCUGAACAAAUACCAUUCACUGUUGGGUUACCAAAAUGGUUGCGCUCACGACCGCUGCGAAAACAACAAGAUAGGAAUGGCGAAACCACAUUGUGCUGGUGCAGCAGGGGGGACUACGAAAUGGUUUUCCUGUAGCGACAGAGAUGUGAUUUUUAGCAAUAGGCAAAAAAGCUGUGGAUGGUAUUCUACCGAAGAGGCAACCCCAAAUGGCAUGAACUCAUCUCGAAUGGGUCAUUCUAAUGGUAAGGAUGCCCUUUAUGAAAAGGUAACAAAUGGGAACGAAAAUGAUAAUAAGUUUUACAUAACAAGCAGCACCACGUGCACGAGCGCAUCCAAAUCUGAGGCUAACCCCAUGGAUGACAUUUGUAUGGAUGAGCGUAAAGACGGUUCUGUCUCAUCGGAACAGUUCAAAAAAAUAUACGAGCACGGAAAUAUGGAAGAAAGAAAUAAUGAGCACACGAAUGACAUACAGGAUGUGGGGACACACUUAUUUGUGAAGAACAUGGUACGACCUCUACCCAUGGGCGAAUCUGAACAAGGGGGCAUAUGUUGCCAAUCCAAGUUGAGUGAAAAUGUUUCAAAGCUGCAUUUUAAGCAUGCACAGGUAGAGGAGGACAAUUUGAAUAAUUACCAAAACGAAGCGUUAAUCAGCAUGGUCUGGGAUUACCAAUGUGGACACGGUAGGAUGUUAGGUGAUAGGAGGGGAGAGUUUCCCCAUGGCAGAGAUUUAUCACCGCGUAAUGCGCGUGUACACCAUGCGGAACGAAGUUACGUAAGUAUAACUCAUUCACAAUGUAAUAGCAACCAACUUGUAUCGCUGCGAACAAAGUCACUAAAUGAAGAAGAAGAAAAGAACGAAAUGGAGAAUAACCCCCGUGAGGGAAGAGGUAUACUGGGGGACAAAAUACCAAGUUACCCCUUCCAUCAGACAAAUUAUUCAUGCAAAAAUGGAAAAAUAAGAGGAGGAACAAAUUUCACCAUUUUGGAGACUCCUCAAUUGGUGAACAAAAAAAAAUUUGCACUUAAACCGAAAGUCUACUGGAGCAAAAGGAGGCCCUUUUGGGAGGAAAAAAAUUCAAGGGGAAGCAUAACAAAAAUUAAGCAACAAGGAAGGAGUAAGGGAACAAAUACGAAUUAUCACCAAUGUGGAAAGGGCUCAUUAAAGAAUGUGGAAGACGAUUAUGCCCAUGCGGAGAAAGAUGUUUUAACCUUGAAGGGGGGAAUCCACAUCCGUUGUGGAUUUGCAGAGGGUGAGAAACAACCACGUAGGAACUUUUCCCUUAAUACUGACUCAACAUGUACAUUGAGCAGCACAUCUCUGCACAAUAGGACGCUCACAAAUGAACUGUUGUCCCCUCCAGAAAGGCGCACAAUACGCAUAAGAAGUAGUGAUGGAAAUAUUCAGAACAGAAGUUACACAACAUCCUGCAUAAACGAAACACCCACAAUAGGAAGGAGAAAAAGUUUGUCCGUGAACACUGUGUCCUUAGUGGAUGCAAAUAAAUAUGACACCAUGAGGAGUAGAAGUGUACAAUCCUGUGCGGCUUCCAUUGGACAGUCCUCCACCAGGUUGUCUUCUAACCUCGCGCGUGUUGGCAUGCCAAGACGAGGGGAAGGAGGCAACAGUGCACUGCGAACGGGUCACUCAUAUGAUGGAAGCCCUCUUAAGGGUGAUCAUCUUCUACCCCACAACAUUGUAGAAAAAGAGCCCCCAAUGGAAAAUGGAUCAAACGUAAUCUUCAUUAGGAGAAGUGAGAACAAGACAGAGCUGAAGAGUAUUUACAUGAAAAGGCUAGGGGAGAAAACGGGGGAGCCAUUUACUACACACAGGGAACAAGCAUGUCCUUGGGGAGAGAAACAUGGAAUGGUACGGCAAGUGAAUAAUAAUUCUUUAUAUGAGAAUCUACUAACCAGAUGUGAAUCCCCCAAUGGGCUUUUUCCAACUACUAACGACUCCAGGGGUGAGGAACUUCCUAUGUCCCCCCAAAAGGCCAUAACGCAAAACGGCCACAUGUGGGCCAAAAAGGGACGAAACAAAUCGGACAUGAACAGCACCACUGAUAGAAAGGUCAACAAACAGAUAAACCAUUUCAAUAAUGAGGAUAAAAGGAACAUUAAAUGUGAACCCUUCUGGGGUAGCCAUCUCAAAUGGGACUGUUUCACCAAUUCAAUAUGUUCCACUGACGAUACGUUUAAGGAGACUGAACAAAACUUCACCCCGUAUGAGUACACACAUUUAGGGGAUCCACCUCGAAAUGACAACCUGGACCUGAGGGGGAAUAACAAAAUAAGAUUCUUAUCGAGCAGUGAAAGGGGGAGAAGCCAAAACGGAGUGGCCAUUUCGGUUGGAGAUUUAAAUGGGACAUCUCAAUUUGGAAAGCCACGCGAGGAUGACUACCCUCCGGAUGAUCAGCUUCAACAUUGCUGCUACGCUGAUGGUAGAUUAGACUACUCAUGCAAGGUGGAGGACCACCCGAGCUCGACAAAGCGCUGCAUGCAUAUACCCGAUUUGGACCAAGUAAAUGAAAAGACGCAGUGUGUGGAAGGUGGAUGUGUCGGCCAGCAACACGGGGCAAGUUACGACCAGGGUGGGAAAUUACAUUCUGGAAGCAGCCACAGUGGUAACAGUCCUAACAAAACAGAACAGAUUGACAAAAGUGAUUACCAUUUGGGGAGAGACAUUAACAGGGACCAUUUAAUUAGUGGGACCAAAUUUCCCAUACACUUUUUCAACAUGAAUGAGGAAAGAGACACCAAGGAUGUGAUUGCUGCUACGGGAAGAAAUAAUGUACCGCCUACCCCGCCGCACAUGCAACAUUUUGAGUGUUCUUUCGCAAAUGUGAACAAGGGUGAAGCGGUCUCUGCGGUGGCUGCUGGUCGAUGUGGUGGCGAACUGCCUAACAGCUUGAGCAGUCCACCUGCUGACGCUCUGCAGAAGACUUCCAGCGAAGCCUUUACGAAUAAAUCCCAGAACAGUUAUCUGAUCGAGUGGUACCCUGGGUUUGACAUCCCCAUAGGUACCUAUGGGAGGGCCAUAUUGCGAAAAGCGCUACACCAAAAAAGAAUGACGGACGUGAAAAUGUGUGACGAGCUUUUAUCAUCCAAUGGCUUGUACCCUACCUCUAGGUCAACCUUCGGAGAUAUGAAAAUAAGGGACCUGUACAGAGCUGCCCACAUUUUAGGCAUAUGGAAUGUAGCUGAAAAAUAUUGCCUCCUGGCAUGCGAACGGAAUGGGUAUAAAAGGGAAUGGAUUGAUAUGCUCAAAAGGAGUGGCGUUAAAAUUACCAUCAAGGCACUGAAGGAAUUGAGGAGCAGGUACCUACUCCCUAAUAAAAACUUUUCAAUUUCAGGCAAGAAGAAAAAGAAUAACAAUAAUAAUAAUAAUCAUCGUCAUGCAAGGAGAGGGAAUAUCGGGGGGACAGACACAAAUAGGGCAGUCAGGACAAAAUGCGAAACAGGUAUUCAACCAGGCGACCCCAUUUUAGAAGCAUCUUCGCCCAUCCCCAAACACAUUUCUCAUAUGCCCAAUUUCUCACAUGAUGAUAAAGCAAGCACUACACCAAUGAGCUCUCUCCACAGUGCGAAAUGUAUGAGGGAAAAUAAAACAUCCUACCACAUAGAAGAACAGCAGAGCUACCUCUCCACAGUAGAAUCCCACAAGACAGACACUAAAAAAAAACCCAACCAGCUAAAUUGCACACCUCCAAGGAACUGUCUUCAUCAAAUUGGAAUUGCUAAUGAUGGACGGUGCCAAAUUAGUAGUAGCGGUAGGGUCGGAAAAACAGAUUUUGUAAAUACGCAUAAGGAUAACUUAUCUUCAACCCUCCAAAUGAGUAACACGAAUAUUGUAGGUUAUACAAAUCCUUCCAAUCAAAUGAGAGUAAAUAGCACGAGUAACAUUAUAAGCAAAAUUCCGUUUGGUUACUCAACACAAGAUAAAUUUUCCAACAUGGUAGUAGGACCCAUAAGUGGAGUGAUGGAGAAUGCCCCUGAAAUGUCAAAUGAAAUGAGUAUGGAGAAUUCCAACCUGCUUCAGAACACCUGCCACUUUGUUGAUACAAAUUUUCUGCAUGCAGGGGAAAAUUUUAUUCUUCAAAAUUGGGACUCCAAUGGAACAGCAACACUGGGAGAUACUAACGACAAUGCAGGAAUGACGACAAUUAGGGGGGACAAGGAACUUCAUAAUGAGAAUAUGCCUAUAAUGGGAGACCUCUCUAUGUACGAAUGUAUGCGGAAUGAUUAUGAUUUAGAAAUGGGAAUGCUUAAUGAUAUGUUUCACAGGGGGGGCAGCACAUCCGAUUCGUUUCACUAUUGGAGCAACUCUCAAAAUGGCACUGGCUUCGUUGACGAGUAUAUGUAG